GACCGAUUGAAUCGAUAAGGUUUAAGAUAUCUGAACAGAAGAAACGUACGAAUAAUGGAACACAUAACAGCAAGCGAAGUUGCAGGCUUUGGAGUUGGCACUUUGUUACUAUGUGCUACAAUUGCUGCCCCCAAAGUUGAUGCUUUCAUUUCUGCUUCUCAGAGAAGUUCAUUGGGCUUGUGCAAGAGAUGUGGUGAUCUACGGAUGAUAGCAUGCUCAAGAUGCAGAGGAACUGGAUUAAUCAAAGCAAAUGGGUCAUUCAGUUUCAACCUAAUUGAUAGUCUGUAUCAGUCUGAGGAGAUUAAGGUAAAAUCUGUUGGAUGUACAAAAUGUCAAGCUAGGGGUCACUUCAGUUGUCCUGAUUGCUCUAAUACAUCUACUAGUUGAUUCUCGAUCAUGCCAUGGAAGACAUUUUUACUCUUAUGCUCGUGUUUUUAAGAUAUGAUCAUUAGCUGUCUUCCUAAAGCCAUUGUAUUUAGAACUUUUUUGGUCCUAAUACACUGGAUUUUGUAAAUCCACUUAUAGGAGGUGGAGAUUUGUGACAGUGACCUCAACUUGUACUGGUGCUAUUUAUCAAUCACAUAGUUAUAAUGAUGUCUUAUGAA